CUUGGCAUGAGAAGACAUUCGUGAUUGCCUUGUUGUAAACAUAAUUCACAAUGAGAAGAAAUCCUGGCCAACACCUGGACUGCAGCCUUGUGAGAAACCUUGAAGCAGAGAAGAAACGCCUCGUGAGAAUACAGUGAGCAGGUGGCCGUGUACAGCCAGGAAGAGAGAUCUCACUAGAAACCAGCCCUGACAGUGCCUUGACCUUGGACUUCCAGCUUCCAGAACUUUCCUAGGACUGGAAGAAAAUAAUUUGCUGAGAUGUCAGCUGGAAAUUCUUCCAGGAAAACCCUGGAAAUGGAGAGCUUCCACACAAGAUUCAGUGCCUGGACACCUUUUAGCAACAAGUCAUUAAAUAGACAGCUCUUUCAGGAAAGAGUUGCCCUUAUAAGUCAUUGGUUUGACCUCUGGACUAACAAGCAACGUCAAGAAUUCUUAUUCACGCUUUUUUUACGAUGCACUAAAUCACAGUUAAGGUUUGUCCAAGACUGGUUUUCAGGAAGGAUGCCAGUGGCCAAAAUGGACUUCUCUACAGUGUUACCACGCUUCAUUUCUCUAUAUAUCUUUUCUUUUCUGAAUCCAAAAGAUUUGUGUGCUGCUGCACAAGUCAGCUGGCCCUGGAAGUUUUUAACUGAACAGGAUUGCUUAUGGAUGCCCAAAUGCAUUAAGUUUGGAUGGUUUCUGCCCUAUACUCCAACAGAUAAUGAGUAUGGUGCCUGGAAGCACCAUUACAUUGCUUGUGUGUCCCACUUAGACUGGCUAACACCUAGGGAAGCCACUGCUGUUUAUGGGACCCUGAAUGAACCCAAAACAGAAGAUGAGGAGCUGCAGGAGAGACAAAGAGAAAAGUGCCUAAGGAAAAUAAUUUGGGAGAAAAUUGCACUACAUAAGAAGGAGUUAUUCAAAGUUCGACCCCCCUGGGUGAGUGGAACAUGCUGCUCUAGAUUGUUAAAAUCCAAAUGCCAGCCACGCCUCUCCCAGACUGUGAGGGAUUGCGUGGAAUUACAGGAAGCUUUGGAGAAACAUCUUGUUUUGGCAUCCUUAGAAACUUUGCCCAAGCGAAGUAAUAUUUCUGGAAGCCAUUCCUACCCUUUAUCAUCAAAGAAAAAUUGGUGUAGAGUUCAUAAAAAUGAUAGCAGCUCUUCAUCUGCUUUCCAGCUACACUUCAUAUUAAUAUCAUCUCGGAUUCCUGCAUAUGAGAUGGUGGUGAACAGUGUUAGGGCAGGUGUCAUUUCUCUGGUGUAUGAACACAGUGGCCUGACCUUGGAGAGCCUGCUUUAUCUCAUAGAAAAAGCUCUGGAUGGGCAGAGGGCACAGAGUAUGGGAAUAUUCAGUGAUGGAGACAGCAGAGAGAUCAAUUUACUCCAAGGCUAUAGAAUUGGCAUUAACAACUUAUUGAGCCCUGAGGUGAGAGACUUCUGGGAGAAAUUAGGAAGCUAUGUGGCCCCUGAAGAAGAAGGGGGUCAUGUGGACCUCUUUGCACCACUUGGAGCAUCAGAGGCAGGAACAGAAGUUCUUUCUCAGCUGUCUCAACUAACUGGCACGUUAUUUACUGCCCCCACUGGGAUUGCAACUGGCUAUUACCAACACAUUCUUAGUGACUGGCUGGGACAACACCAGGAAAAGCCUCCCCCUUCCAUCUACUUCAGCGAAUCAAAGCUGCAGACGUGGUCCAGCCUCACAGACUUCUUGGAAGACACCUUGAAAUCAGUAAGGAAACAGUUAAGUCCUCUCUUCAAGGAGCUGAAGAAGAACAUCAGUGACAGGAUGAUAGGGCAGUUUGUGUUUGACACCAUGAGUAUGGCUAACAUUCUGAAUAACCAAGAAAUUGUACAAGCUCUGGCAGAUGGAUUGACAGAACUUUCAACGGAAAAUUCUGACAAACCUCUGGAAUUUUUGUCAUAUUUUCUGCUACAGAAAUGUAGUAAAAAGAGCAAAGAUUUUCAAGGAAAUGUGAUCCUGACAAAAUGUGACCCAGAGACAACAUUAAGUUUAUUCAUGAAGGAAGGAAAUGUUACAGAAGAUAAUCCUCAGGACACAAAAUCAAGUCUCAGCAAAAAUGACUCAAAUUUUGAGGUGCUGGUUAAGGUGGAGAGAAAGCUCCAGAUGAACUCAGCCGAAAAGAGAACUAGAGUUGUCAGGGAGCUCUUACAGAGCGAGAGAAAAUAUGUGCAGAUACUGGAGACUGUGAGAGAUGUUUAUGUAACGCCACUGAAAGCAGCAUUGUCAUCAAAUAGAGCAAUUCUGAGUGCUGCAAAUAUCCAGAUCAUUUUCUCUGAUAUUCUGAGGAUUUUAGGUCUCAACAGGCAGUUUCUAGAUAACCUGAGAAACAGACUACAGGAAUGGGGCCCAGCUCACUGCAUGGGAGAAAUAUUCAUAAAGUUUGGAAGCCAGUUGAACACAUAUACCAAUUUCUUCAGCAAUUACCCUGUUAUUCUGAAAACUAUUGACAAGUGCAGAGAAAUGAUACCUGCAUUCCGUGCUUUCUUGAAGAGGCAUGAUAAGACCGUUGUUACCAAAAUGCUGAGUCUUCCAGAGCUGCUUCUGUACCCAUCCCGAAGAUUUGAAGAAUAUAUUAAUCUUCUCUAUGCUCUGAGGCUUCACACCCCUGCAGACCAUUUUGACCGUGGGGACUUGACCACUGCAAUUGGCCAAAUAAAAAAAUAUAAAGGUUAUAUAGAUCAGAUGAAGCAAAACACCGGCAUGAAAGAUCAGCUGUCAGACAUACGGAGAACCAUCUGGGGGUGCCCUACUCUAUCAGAAGUAAACAGAUACCUGAUUAGGGUCCAAGAUGUGGCCCAACUUCACUGCUGUGAUGAGGAAAUUAGUUUCUCUUUAAGGAUCUAUGAACAUACCCGUGAUCUCACGCUUUUCCUCUUCAAUGAUGCACUGCUUGUUUCUAGUCGGGGCACAUCUCAUACUCCAUUUCAAAGGACUUCAAAAUCAACCUAUGUGUUCAUUGCAUCAGUGGCCCUUCAUAGGUUACUUGUAGAAGAUAUUCCAGAUUCCAAAUAUAUCAAGAAUGCAUUUAUUCUUCGAGGUCCAAAAUGUGAAUGGAUUUGUGCUACAGAGGUUGAGGAUGAAAAGUUCCUGUGGUUGUCAGCACUCCAAAACACAAUCAGAAGUAGUACGGGGCAGUGAGACUGGGCUUGAGGAAGGUUAUCAGGGCUGCCCAUUCUCCCCAGCAAAGACAGACAGUGUGAACUUACUGUUCCAGAAGACCCAGUAAGAAACAGAACGAUUGUGUCAUGGAUGCUGGGAAGAUGAACUAGGGUGACCCAUAACGGUUCUUCCUAACGUAAACUUUAACAUCUAUACUUAAUCAUAUGAAAUGUACAAGAAGAACAAUUGGAGUCCAAAAUUUUAAAAUACUUCUUUUGGUAGUUAUUUUUCAUGGACAGUGUAAUUUAGAGUAAUCUGACUGAUAAAACCUAAGCAAAACAAAGACUGUGUAUUCAAAGUUUUGUUUUAUGAUCAAAAAUAAAAUCAGAAUGAAAGGUAUUUCUUCAAUGAUCAGUCUAGAGAAAUAUUUUAAUUUGUUGUGAUUUACCAAUCAUCUUUAACAUUUUCAUGAAAUAAUUACUGAUUUAAAAAUAUGUAUAAGAAACAUAAGUGGCAAUUUACUCAAAAACUUGUCACAUAUAUCCUCAAUAGGAAUGUAAUACUCCAGAGAGCAUUAAAAAUAUACCACUACAGAGACUAAAAAAUUUUCUGUAACUUUUAAGUGUUCUUUUGUUGCAAAAUUUAAUUCUUAGACUUUCCAAAUAAGAAGGUUUACAAAUUUGUGACACUGUAAAAUUAGAAGGCUGUUUGGGGGAAAAACACUUCUGUAAUACAAAAAUGGAAGCCUGGCAAAACUUGCCUGUAAUGGAAUUUAGCUGAAUAAAAAUGAAGAAAUUGGGACAAUUUUAAGAAAUACAGCAAAAUAAGUGUUAAGUAGUUUUCUGGACCUUUAAAGCCUUCAUUUAAUUAUUUAACAAACUGAAGCCAUCAGCUACUAGCCACUUGGAAACUGAUGUAUGCAGUAACAUACUAUUUUUGCUUGCUUAAUGGUAAAUAUCAGCCUUGAAAACCUUCCAUUGCCAGUUUCUUUUCUUCCUAUUAUUCUUUGGUAAGGAAAUCUACUAGUACCAUCUAGGAUUGUGAAGUGGGCUCUGUUAAACAUUUUGUUUUUUCAACAAGGAAAAUAUAAAUUCCUUCUACUUAAAAAUUUAAAUUCUUGUUAAAAAAUAUACAAAAGUUAAAAUAUUUGUGCUGUUUUAUUAGUGUAAAUGCACACUUCUGAUUCUGUUAUGAUAUAUCCAUGCAGUUUAACAUCCAUGAUCCCAUAGACAGAAUAAAUGAUUAAAAGAAAUAUCUGCUGUUAGUCAGCAAUGAAGGCAAAUUCACAAAUGUGAUAAAAAUGUAUAUAU